CCUUUCAGCUCCGAGCCCGGCCCCGUGGGCCUCCCAGCACCAGAAUGGUUUCCUUCAUCCUCUGCCUUCUCCCUGCUCUCCUAGCUACAACGAGUGCACAAGCUGCGAUCCUGACAUGUAACACGUGCUUUGGUCAAACGGAGACCUGCAAUUUCGCUCCAGGAACCUGCCAAGACAACAAGGCUACUGGUGGCUGCCUCUCCGUGGCGGAAGAUGUUAAAUUGGGUGGGACACAGAACACAUACUUCUACAAACAGUGUCUGAGUAGCUAUAAGAGUGACAUAGAAGUCCCCAUCUCCUUCAGUGUUGGGAACGGCAAUUACGUGAGGAUCAACACUACACGAUGCAACACAGAUAAUUGUAACUCGGCUGUACCUGGAGUGCCCACGGGGAGCACCACCUCGAACGGGCUGCAGUGCCCAACCUGCUUCGCUCUGAACUUCACUGUCUGCAACAGCUCAGUCACCCCUUGUACCGGGGAUGAGACCUACUGCAUGGAUUUCACUGGGUUUCUAUACAAAAGUUCAUCUCAUUCGCCAUUUCAAGCAAAAGGCUGCACUACAGCGUCUCCUCAGGUCAUCAAACCUGGAGCCAUCCUGACUACGGCACUGUACACAUUUGACUUUUUUUGGGGGUCCUCUGUUCCGGCGGAGAAAAUACCCACCAACCCCCCAUCCACAACUGCUGCUUCUGACAACAAAACAACAACCACAUCCCCAAAAAACUCAACCCUACAAACUACUUCCACCUCAGGGGGGAGCCCGUCUCUGUGGAGAGUCUCCUUUGCCCCUCCUGCCUGGUCUGACUGGCUGCUGCUGGUGAAGCUGCUGCCUGGACCCUGCGCUGUAAGCCAUGCAGCAUCCAUGGUGCCGUGGAUAAGGCUUGAAGUCCAGCUGCACUCUCCGAGGCCCUACACUGCGGGGCAAUGCAAGGGCCGCUGCUAG